UAAACUUAGAAUCCUAUCUGAGAAAAAAUAUUUAACAAAAAUUAAAAAAGGAUAAAGAAAGUUUCGGAGUUAAUUAGGGCUUCCUUUUGCUUACAUGACACCGUCGCAAGUCAUUAAGCUCUCUGCUUCAUAAGUUUCGUCUGAUCUGUUCUAGAGAAAAAAUCUUACGAUGUCAGAAGACAAGAUGAGUAAAUUGUCAGACGAUUUGCUUGUGCAGAUUCUAUUGCUUGUCUCCACAAAAGAUGCAGUGGCCACCACGGUUUUGUCAAAACGCUGGCGUUUUAUAUGGACAAUGAUGCCUAGACUUGAGUACAAAGAAAUUAAAGAAGAUGAUGAUAAAAGCAAAAAGAGUGUUUGGUGGUUUCUUGACCAGUCAUUGCAACUCCACAAGGCACCUGUGUUAGACAGCUUGUGUAUCAAACUCGGUCCACAAUGUCCUGUUAAUGUUGAUGUCGGAAAAUGGGUUGCAAAGGCGGUUGAUCGUUUUGUGCGUAAGCUAAAGUUUAAGCUUCUCUGGUCCGCAGAUCUAAUCAGCUUACCUAAGAGCCUUUAUACAUGCAAAAUGCUAGUGAAACUGAAUCUCUCCCACAAGGUUCUAAUAGAUUUUCCUUCUUCUCCCACCCUCCCAUCCCUUAAAAAGCUCAACCUUAUCAAUGUGGUCUAUACAGACGAUGCUUCUCUCAUUAGGUUCUUGGUUAUAGAUACUCUGGCAUUGGAGUACAUUCACAUCUUCCUUCAUACCUAUGCUGAUGACAAGUUGCCAAGAUCUCUUUCGUCGGUCUUGUUUCUCGAGUUUUUUUUGGCUGAUGAAAUGGAACUUGUGCGUUAUAGCACUAUCAACUUCUCUCGACUUACAGAGUUAGUAAUCUGUCCAGAUAAAUCAGACUGGUUGGAACCACUCCUACUUUUACUUGGAAAUUCUCCAAAACUAAAAAAGCUUUUGGUUGAUUAUGGACCAACCGAAACCCCCGAGGAUCUCCCACUUGCAUGGAACGAACCGAGUUCAGUUCCUGGUUGCUUGUCUAUCUUUGAGUGGGAGAAAUAUGGAGGAAGAGCAGAAGAGAAAGAAUUCGUUACGUAUAUCCUAGCUAUUAGGUGUUUAAAAGGAGCAACAAUCUCCCUAAGGUCUGCAUUCAAUCUUGAAGAGAAACAAAAGGUAAUGGAGGAAUUAGAAUCUAUUCCUAGAGUUUCUAAGUCAUCUCAGCUUCUUCUCAAGUGAAAAUUUGUAUUGUUUCUCUUUGUUAUUACCAUUUUGCCACAUACAUCAAGUCUCUACAUUCGAGUUUAUCUACUUUUUGCAACUUGCUACUCUCUGAAAGUGAUUGAGAUGUCUCACAUAUAAGCACACAUCAAAUUUCACAAGAUGAUUCAGGAAUAAGCGUAAAUGAGUUUUGAAAAAGGCUCUUCAGAUGCCUAGUUCUAAGUAAAAAAAACUGCAUGAUAAAAACAGAGGAUGUGCCAAUAUGAUUGUUCUGAUUGGAUUAUUACCUUGGCCUCUUUCCAUUCACCUUUCAAAGCAGCUUGAUACAGAGGAACACAGAAGCAGCUUGAAACAGAGGAACACAGAGAUCCAAGUAUUCAUCUCUCCCAGGGGUGAGAAUUUGACCGUGUGAUGAUGUGUUUGAUCCUGCAAUAUCCACUUUCACAGCUUCACAAGGUCGAUUUCCCAAUGUCCAGAUUGUUCAUCGGUGUAAAUUGAGUUGAAUCACAUGGUCGUUCAGCUUCUUAAGGAGGAUUGCUUCUGUCCAAAUAGUUCAUUUCCAAUGGCCGAGGUCAGUGAGGUUCUCCAAAUUUGGCUCCAGAUGAUCUUGGAGCUGUUAUUACAUCAACAGUUGGAAGUUAAGAAAAAACAAAAAAGAGAUUAGGAGUCAAGAAACUCAUCAAUUUGUAAUCACAAGUUUCGAAUUAGCCAAGUUAGGGCAUAGCAAUCCAUUGAGUGUGACAGAGCUAAAGAGAAAACAUGGGAAGUUUACACUCAUUGGUUACCUUCGAGAACCGUCCCUAGUGCAGCCAAGAGGGAGCUUGAGGGAGUGGGAUGCUCGUUACAAAUUAUGAUAUACAGAAACUGUAACAAAUUAAGGAUCAAAUACCAUACAUAUUCUACAACUUUAGGAUAUGGUAUUGGUAGGUGUUGAAACG